CAGCCACACCGCCGCCAUUUUGCAAGGCUUACAUGUAGGUAUAUCUUCUUACUCUGGUGGUGAGCGGAAGAAAAGCUUGCCUCGUCCUGAAACAGAGUCAUGUCAUAUUCACGAAAUGCCACAAGAGGCAAUAAAUCUCGUUCUCUCAGUGGUGAAGAAGAGCGCAUACUAAUCCCUAAAGACAAAGUGGGACUUGUUAUAGGAAGAAAAGGAAGGACCCUGCAGGAGAUAAGGGAUAGAACUGGUGUCCAGAUAUCCAUAAAGGAUAAUCACGCCCAUUUGAGAGGGACAACGGAACAAUGCAACAACGCUAGAGAGCUAAUUGAAGAAAUCCUGAGUAGUGCCCGUGAAGAAAGAAACUCAAGUCAAGGAGGAUUUAGGAAGUUGGACAUGGUAAUACCUGAAAGAUUCAUGGGUCAAGUUAUUGGAAAAGGGCGUGAAAAACUGAGCAAUAUCGAAACUAAUACUGGGGUGGCUCUGAAAGUCAUCGAUAACAACCUGUACAUCAAAGGAUCAGCUGAGAAAGAAAAGAAAGCCAUACGAGAAAUAAAGGCUAUUGUGAAUGCUGCAAUAAAACGCUCCCAGUUGGCUGUACCUGUUGCACGAUUUGUUCAUGUUGACGCGACUCAGUUAGAAGAGAACCACGAGUUUGAGCUGUCCGCAGCGCCCCAACUCAAAGCCGUCUCAGGAGAGAAGUGCUUCAAACUUAAACUACUAGAGCAUCCGUUAAAAGAGGAAACACCUUUUACUUCAGUUGAGAUAAAAAGCUUGGAAGAAAAGGUCCUUGAGGUUUUAAAACAAAUCCGUAAAGAGAAGGACGAAGAGAUGGUCAAAGUGGAUAUGUGGUGUCAUUUCGGUCACGCCUACGUAACUAAGGUUGAUGAAGACGAAGAGAGGGAAACAUUUACUCUGAAAGAUAUCAAAGAGAAAAUUAAGUUUGGGGAUGGCAAAAGCUGGAAUCCAUUCUUCAAAGCAGGCGUUGAGAGAAUAAAAGUUGAACAAAUCGAAAAGUAUCUUACAUCUUGUGCAGCUAAGGAAGACAUAAGAUACGACUUCACAUUCUUCACUCCUUCGUUUAGAGGCGCCCGUGUUAAGGCAUGGCUAACCGAGGAACAUUCUCAAGCCGAAGGCGCUAAGGCAGCCUCCUUGGCGUUUUCUCGCAACGCGCCUAUUCCUGUUAAGAACAUUUUGACCCGAGUGGUGUCUGAUGAGCAUGCGCAGACCGAAAAUACGUCGAACACGCCGUGCUUCCAUAUCUGCUCUCAGUUUCAUCACAGAAUGAAAGUCGACAUUUUGAUACCCUCCAAAGAACUUGAUUGCCGUUUAUCAAUACGAACAGGUCCAAAUGUUCUCAAGACACCAGAAGCUGAAGAAGAAAGCAAAAUUCUAGAAAGUUACUUGAUGGGAAUGAAGAUUGAAGAAGGUCAGCUGGUGUUGCCACCAGUCUGCGAGCGUCCAGAUGGGUUUGAUCUGUUUUACCAGCGCCGCAGUCUGAGGAAAACUUACCAGUAUGAAAUAGAUGGAGAACAGUUCAGUCUUACUGUCUGUAAAGAUCAAGCAAACAACGUGGAUAUCGACGAGACCGAUGUGAAAAGUUUCGAUGAAACACCUUUAAUGGUAUAAUUCUUAAUAAGGCCAAAUGAGGAGGUAGCGUAGCCGAGUGGCUAGGGAGCUGGACUUGAAAUACGGAGUCGUCAGUGCAUGUCUCUCUCGAGCUCUGAGGUCAAGCUUUAGUCGUUUUAUGGUAGACCCGUGUCAACUAGCUUCAUCUCCUCGCCCCUCGCUUGCAAAUAGCCAUCUGGUUGGCCUCCUCAGUGCCAGUUAG